UCCAGUUGAAAACAUUGUCAAAAAGAUCGACCGUGAAAAAUCGAACGAAAAUUCGGCUUAUAUUCGUAAAUCAAUAAUUGGCCGAUCAUUCACGUUAAAUCCAGAGCAACAAAUGAUAACUACAAUUCUGUUGGGUUUAUGUGUUGGACUUUCUAAUGGUAUGCGUGGACCACAUCAUCCACGAGGCGCUCUUUCCCAUCAUCAUUACGCUCCACAAAAAGAUGUUAAAAUAACGCAAGAUGCAGAACUGCUACAGGAUGCUACCCAUUUGAAAGAAGACUUAGGACCAGCAGCAGAGCAAUUGGACUUUUUGAAUAUGACUGAACAGGAGAUUGAGUUCCAUUACUUUAAAAUUCACGAUAUAGACAACAAUAAUAAAUUGGACGGACUAGAAAUUCUUUAUGCGAUCCAGCAUACAUUCCACGAAAACAGACAAGCUGACGCUGAACGUGAAAAUUCAAGCGAAAAUUCGAAAACUAUGGAUUACAAAGAUGAUCUGCCUUGGAUUGUAGGACUUGUGGACAGAGUACUGAGAGAAGAUGAUUUGGAUCACGAUGGAUACCUUGGCUACAUUGAAUAUGUUCUUGGAAGACAAAGAGAUCACAUUGCUCAAGCAAAACGGAAUAACAAAUUGGAUAAAUAA